CUCUACCGAGGCUGAAGACGGAUUACAGCCGCUGAGGAGCUAAUUCUCUCUUUAAAAUGACCAUUUGAUAUUUUGACGUUAACUAGCCAGAAGCAGCCGUGAUUUGGCUCAUAUGUGCCUGUCAUGGCCCUGUCAAACACUGGACCACCGGAGGACCAUCCCUGACAUCAGACGCCAUUUAGUGGACAUUUUCUGAAGCCCUCAGGAACAACCUAAAGCUUGCCGGACAUGCAGUCUGAUGAAGGUACAGAGUGGCUCUUGGAGCUGCUCACAGAUGUGCAGCUUCAGCAGUAUUUCCAGCGUAUCCGUGAUGAGCUCAAUGUCACACGUCUCUCACACUUUGACUAUGUCAAAACCGAGGACCUCGAAAAGAUUGGCAUGGGCCGACCAGGUCAAAGGCGGCUGUGGGAGGCAGUCAAAAGAAGAAGGGCAAUGUGCAAACGGAAGUCGUGGAUGAGCAAGUCUCUGUGUUUGGGUCAGCAGGUGUUCACCGGGAAGCGCCCUGACUCCGAUUCCCAGACUCCAGAGGUUUUCCGUAGCUCGUCCCCUUCAUCAGCUCCACCAGACGGCCAGCCGACAGAUCUCACCUGCCUCAUCAGCGAACGAGACCUCACCCUCUAUGAAAAACUGGGUGACGGAUCCUUCGGAGUGGUGAAGCGUGGAGAAUGGCAGGCCCCCUCUGGAAGAGUGCUGAGCGUGGCUGUGAAGUGCCUGAAGACAGACCUGUUGGACCAGGGUGAAGGUCUAGAUGACUUCAUACGAGAGGUCAAUGCCAUGCACUCCUUGAACCACCACAAUCUCAUCCGUCUGUAUGGAUGCGUUCUCACACACCCCAUGAAGAUGGUGACAGAACUUGCUCCAUUGGGUUCUCUGUUGGACCGCCUGAGGAAACGUCAGGGUCAUAUACUGAUAUCGGUGCUGUGCCACUACACUGUUCAGAUUGCCUGUGGGAUGGCAUACCUGGAGUCUCGACGCUUCAUUCACAGAGACUUGGCUGCACGCAACAUCCUUUUAGCCUCCAACGACCUCAUCAAGAUCGGUGACUUCGGCCUGAUGAGGGCCUUGCCUAAAAAUGAUGAUCAUUAUGUAAUGCAGGAGCAUCACAAAGUCCCUUUUGCAUGGUGUGCUCCAGAGAGCCUUAAGACUCGUACCUUCUCCCAUGCCAGUGAUACCUGGAUGUUUGGAGUAACAUUGUGGGAAAUGUUCACUCACGGGCAGGAACCAUGGGUUGGACUCAAUGGUAGUCAGAUUCUGCAUAAGAUCGAUAGAGAGGGAGAAAGGCUUAUCAAACCAGAGGACUGUCCUCAGGACAUUUAUAACGUCAUGCUACAGUGCUGGUCACCUAAACCUGAGGACAGGCCAACAUUUGUGUCCCUCAGGGACUUCCUUGUGGAGACAAUGCCAACAGAUAUGAGGGCACUGCAGGACUUUGAUGAGCCAGACAAACUUAAAAUUCAUGCCAAUGACAUCAUCACCAUCAUUGAGGGCAGAGCAGAGAACUACUGGUGGAGGGGUCAGAACAGACAGACCAUGAAGGUGGGACAGUUCCCCAGGAAUGUAGUGACCUCUGUGGCUGGUCUGUCUGCUCAGGACAUCAGCCGACCUCUCAAGCACAGCUUCAUCCACACGGGCCAUGGAGACACAGACCCACACCGUAGCUGGGGUGCCCCUGAUAAGAUUGAUGAUCUGUACCUUGGUAAUCCCAUGGAUCCUCCAGAUGUUCUUGGGAUGGAUUCAAAGACAGCCAAGCCCACUAAGCUACCAAACCGUGCUAAAAAACAACCUCCUCCUAGACCUCCUAAACCAGCAGUUCUUCUUAAGAAACCAUUUUAUGACUCUGUACUGGAUGAUGAUGAUGACGAUGAUGAUCUGAUAGUGACAGGUGUGAAGAAGCUCUCACUUAAGACUCCUACAUACCUGGGUUUACGCCUUCGCCCUUGGGAAAGCACUAGUCCGAGUGACCGCCUUUGUGAAGUCUCACUUAUUGACUUUGGGGAUGAUAGUUUCAGCUCAACAUCGCCCUCUCCUAUUACCGAGAUUCCCAAUCCUAGCACAGCGAAACCACCAUUGUCCUAUGCCGCCUCCAUCUUGGAUAUGGCACCACCCCAGAGCCCCAAUCAAGCCUUGCCCAACCCCAUGCACCCUACUCCAGUGGUGGACUGGGACAUGCGGCCCCUGCCUCCUCUUCCGGCAUAUGAUGAGGUGGCUGUUGAGUGUGCAGAGCAGGAAGACAUGGAAGUGAGCUCCAUAAAUGCAUCUGCAGCUCAGGAAGAUGCUGUAUAUGAACAGACCCCGUCAGAAGAAGACAUUAAUACGGAUGGUAUACGGAACGUGGAGGACAACCUCUUUCUUCCAUCAAAGCGUCCUGAGGAAUCCCACUCGUUUUCACAAUCAGCAGAUAUCUUCAAGGAACUGCAAAGGGAGGUGAUGGUAAAGCUUCGGGUCCCUCCAAGUGGACGUUCUCUACCUUCUUCACCCCUCCCGACUCCUUCAGUUCUCACCCCACACCGUCAGAUAAUCCUUCCAUCCUCUUAUGAGGACAAGCCUCAGAUCCCUCCAAGAAUUCCUAUUCCACCUAUGCGGCCUUCAAAGAGGACAGGAAUAUAUGGCAGCAGACUGUCAGUUUCCCUUGGAGACCAUGAAGAUGGGAGCCGUUGUCCACCUCAAAUACCCCCACGGGAUCAUGCUCUAUCUCAGCCCAAUUCUCGGGCACCAAGUCCUAUGGUGCCUCAAAGUGGCUCUCCUCAACAAAGAUCCAGCCUGUGCUGUGUUGGAUCAUUGGGCUCCUGCUUGUCUCCAUCGUCAUAUUCUUCGGCACCAUCCAGCUCCUCCACUACAUCUUCCACAUCCACCACUACAAGUUCUCAAUACGGAUCUACUGAAGUGAGCCAAAAUCCAGCCAAGAGUCCUUGCAUCCUGCCAAUCGUUUACGGUGGUGUAAAGGCCAGCAGCACUCAUUACUACUUGCUACCCGAGAAACCGGCAUACCUGGACAAGUAUGAGAAGUUCUUUAAUUCAGAGGGAAAUGAUGAGAAAAGGACUACAAAUACGGCUACUGUGAGACCCAUGGUUCAGCAGCAAGGCAACAAAUCCAAUGCUUCCCCCAGCCACACCAGUAACAGUGGGACCUCUAACAGUCUGGCUUGGCCAAGCAGCUCUCAAGCAGGUUCCUACAACCGUGUCACGCUGCAACAAGUACAGGAAGCAGUACAUGGGGUGACUGUAGAGGAGUGUCAAACAGCCUUGCAGGCACACAACUGGAAUGCUCAGGAGGCGGUGAAGUAUCUAAAGGUAGAGCAGUUAUUCCGACUGGGUUUGAAGACUCGGCCUGAAUGCAUGGAAACUCUGCAGAGAUGUGGCUGGAAUCUGGAACAGGCUAGCACCCAAAUGCUGGAUUCCUAUGGUCCAUCCAGGCAUAGGUUCUAGUGGCAGGAAGAUUAAGAACCAAGCUGAUCUCCAUUCCACUGCAGCCAACGUACCGACUGUGGACCAGAUAUAUAGUAGAUAUUUAGCAGGUCAUUUGAAUAUUCAUUGCUUUACUGCUUAUAAUCAAUGCAACACAAAUGCAAAACCUCACUUACUUGAAGUACAAUAGUGUGAGCAGUGUGAACCGUGUACAUCACUGAUUCAAAUGUGACUUCACAGCAUUCAGCCUGGGAAAUGUUUGUAGUUUAUUUAUUUAGUAUAUUUAAUGCAGGGGCAUAAUGAUGAUCUGAAUAGUGGUGACUAAUCUGUGAAUCUUAUCAGCACAGCUAAUGAAUAUUUAUUAAGUGCAGUGUAAUGGUUAUUAUUAUUACGUAUUUUACUUAAGGUAAAUGCAGGGUAUAAUGUAUAGAAACUUAAGCUUUUGAAUGGAUAUAUAUAGAACGUUAUGGUGCAGUCACAUUUAGUGAAUCUAACACAGAUUUCACAAUUGUGGUUCUCAUAGUAAAUGACCAGCAGAAAGUUAUUUGGUGUGACAGUGGCUUCUGUGUGAGCUUUACUACAUGCCUUGCUACACUACUGACCACACACAAUGGACUUUUUGUAUGUAAAAUUUCACCAAAUUGACUGCACCUUUUGCAAACAUCUGCUAACACAUUGACAAUACUGCAUGCAGAUCACAGGCCUUGUUGUUGCUACUUUUACUUGCUUUUUAAUAAGUUUAUUCUUUUUAGACCAUAUUAAAAAUGAGUUUGAGCCUCAGACAGCACAGUUCCACCCGCUUCGAAUGUUAUCACUUGAUUGAAUGGGCUUUAUCAGUGGUUAUCAGCUGAUAGAUAUGGGUCAGUAGGGGCCUUCUGCGCCUACUGGUAGGGUCAGAAGGCGAUUAUCAUCCAUCCAAAUGGUUAAUCAGCUAUAAUAAUAGAGAAAACUCCAGAUCCAGAUCUGUUUUUACA